GAGGAGCCGCACAGCGUUGCGCGCGGCCGGAGUGGACGCGGGAUCGCGCUCUCCGUGGUGCUGAAACGGUUGCGGCUGCUCGCGGCAGAGUGGGGGGUCCCCACAUUUUCAGCGUCCUCUUCACCCCUACCUGUCCGACUUUCCAGGUGUGCAGGGCUUGCCUCCUCGUGUCUCGUGCAGGACCGCUGGUUCGAGCCCAACGCCAUGUCACUGCGCACAGGGUGCGCGCGCGGGGGGAGCCACGAGCGCGUCUCGAGCCUGCAGGAGGAGAAGCGCGUGUGAUUCCGCGCAUGUAGGCGUGUUCCGCGGGACCCCCUCGUCGAGUCCCUGUCCGUGUCGGAGAGUAAAUCGCCCGUGUCCCCGCGUCCUCGCGUCCGCCCUGGUCCUCCGUGUCCCGCCCUGAUAUGAGUCUCUGAGUUGGGGGACAUCGAGAGAAACGUCACCUGCGGACAGGAUGGACACCGUCAAGGAGCGGCUUUUCGCCCCCAGCAAAGAAGGGCUCAAGAAUUUCGCGGGGAAGACCCUGGGGCACGUGCACAGGGUGCUGGAGAAGCGCCAGAAGACCACCGAGGUGAUCGAGCUCACCGAGGACGGCAGACCCCUGGAGGAGAAGGAGAAGAAGCCCCCGCUAUGCGACUGCACGUGCUUCGGGCUCCCGCGCCGCUACACCAUCGCCAUCAUGAGCGGCUUGGGCUUCUGCAUCUCCUUCGGCAUCCGCUGCAACCUGGGCGUGGCCAUCGUGAGCAUGGUGAACAACAGCACGUACCACCGGGGGGGCAAAGUCUUCAUCAAAGAGAAAGCGCAGUUCAACUGGGACCCAGAGACGGUGGGGAUGAUCCACGGCUCCUUCUUUUGGGGGUACAUCGUCACACAAAUCCCUGGGGGUUACAUCUCCUCCAGACUGGCCGCCAACAGGGUGUUUGGAGCAGCUAUUUUCCUCACCUCCACCCUCAACAUGCUCAUCCCGUCGGCGGCGCGUGUUCACUACGGCUGCGUCAUGUUCGUGCGCAUCCUGCAGGGGCUCGUGGAGGGAGUGACUUACCCAGCCUGCCACGGCAUCUGGAGCAAGUGGGCCCCGCCCCUGGAGAGGAGUCGCCUGGCAACCACGUCCUUCUGCGGUUCCUACGCCGGCGCCGUCAUCGCCAUGCCGCUGGCUGGCAUCCUGGUGCAGUACUCGGGAUGGUCCUCCGUCUUCUACCUGUACGGCUGCUUCGGAAUCGUCUGGUACAUGUUCUGGAUCCUGGUGUCGUACGAGAGCCCAGCUGUGCACCCCAACAUCAGCGAUGAGGAGCGCAAAUACAUCGAGGAAAGCAUCGGGGAGAGCGCCAAGCUGCUGGGGGCCACCGAAAAGUACAAGACCCCGUGGAAGAAGUUCUUCACCUCCAUGCCUGUCUAUGCAAUCAUCGUGGCCAACUUCUGCAGGAGUUGGACCUUCUACCUGCUGCUCAUCAGCCAACCUGCCUAUUUUGAGGAGGUGUUCGGGUUCGAGAUCAGCAAGGUAGGCAUGCUGUCAGCCCUCCCCCAUCUGGUCAUGACCAUCAUUGUGCCCAUCGGUGGGCAAAUUGCCGACUUCCUGCGCGCCAAGAACAUCAUGUCCACCACCAACGUGCGAAAGAUCAUGAACUGUGGAGGCUUUGGCAUGGAGGCCACGCUGCUCUUGGUCGUGGGCUAUUCCCACAGCAAGGGUGUGGCCAUCUCCUUCCUGGUGCUCGCUGUGGGCUUCAGUGGAUUCGCCAUAUCUGGUUUCAACGUGAACCACCUGGACAUCGCACCGCGCUACGCCAGCAUCCUCAUGGGCAUCUCCAACGGGGUGGGCACCCUGUCGGGCAUGGUGUGUCCCCUCAUAGUGGGGGCCAUGACGAAGCACAAGACGCGUGAGGAAUGGCAGUACGUGUUCCUCAUCGCCGCGCUGGUGCACUACGGCGGCGUCGUCUUCUACGGCAUCUUCGCGUCGGGCGAGAAGCAGCCGUGGGCCGAUCCGGAGCAGACGAGCGAGGAGAAGUGCGGCUUCAUCGACGAGGACGAGCUGGCCGAGGAGACCGGGGACAUCACCCAGGGCUACGGCUCCCUGGGGGGGCCGGCCAAGACGUACGGCGCCACCACCCAGCUCAACGGCGGCUGGCACAGCGGCUGGGAGAAGAAGGAGGAGUACGUGCAGGAGGGCGCCGCCCAGCAGGGGGGCUACGGCUACCGGGCCGAGGACGACUACUCGUAGACCCCACCCGUCCGACAUCGUAGUUUCCCCCGUAGUGUCCGUGAGCUCCGGCAAAAGAGAAAAAGAGUCCCUUGUGGUAUGUUUGCACAAAUCAAAAGUUUAAAAAAAUAUAUGUAUAACUUUCGAGAAAAAGAGAUAUAACAUAUCAAAGUGGCAGGUUGUAAAUGUAAAAAAAAAUGAAUACGAUAUUAAUUUUGAGUGCGAUCUUGUACAAAGUCGUGACACAUCUCUCACCUCAUCGAACGAGCUUCUCCACGUGUAGGACCAGUGCGUAGUCCCUCGGCCGUGUAACUCUCUCCGCCCGCUUCGGGUAUCGUCGUCUCUAAGGGAUGUGUUGUAGUUGACCUUCAUAGCUGCGAACCUCCGCCGAAAGAAGAAGAAAAAAACAUUUUUGACGAGUUUUUUAAAUGCACUGAUAGUGAAGUAUUUCCUUCCUUUUUAUUCCUGUAGGCAAGUUUAUUUGUUAUUCAUUAAGUGUUUUUACAAAUUCAUAUUAUAUAUAUAUAUAUAUCUAUAUAUAUAUAAAUAUAUAUAUAUACUGUUUCUGUGAGACUACUGGGGACUUGGGUCUUUGAUCUAAUAGAACAAAUUGAUAUUAAAAAAAGGCCAUAUUUUUCACGGACGAUAAAGCCGUUUCAGGGAGUUGUCUGCUGAAGAGCGUCAAGCCCUCGCGGGGCGGUCCUCCGCGGUCCAAGCGAGCGGCCGAGAGCAGUCAAAAGCACAGCGUGAACCUGAGCGUUCUACUUCCGGUCUGUGCGGAUGUUCCUGACAGACACGCACACGCACACACAUGCACACGCGCGCGGGUCUCCGAAGGCCUCGAGUUUCGCCAUUUUUCAUCAGCCUCUGUCGAUGAUAUAUGCAUGGCUCCGCGGGGGGGUAUUUCUCCACCCCCAGGCUCUCCCUUCGUUUCGAGCUCUUGCUGGUGUGUUUCUUUGCACGAAUAAAUGAAAAACAAGUAUAAAAAAAAGUAGAGAAAAAAAAAGACAACAGAAACCAAAGGUUCCAUCUCGAGGUGUGUGAGCAGGAGGUCGAGCCCAGCGAGUGGCGCAGCUUUGCCAUAGAGACACCAUGGAAGAGCAGUCCCAGCAGUGGCACCGGUGUACAAAGCAAUAACUCCAUGGUAAGAGCUGCGGUCACCCCAUCGAAUAAUGUAUGUAACUCUGCUCUAUUUAACCGUCGGUGUUUUUUGAGUCGUGUGAUGAGUUCAAGAAAAAAAGCGAGAAAAACAAUGUGGGUUGAACGCCGGGUCACUCGGGAGCCCGUCGGCCGACGGGAGGGCGCAGCUCCCGGGACGAUGCCGUCCGUUCUCCUCCCUCCCCCGUCUCUUCCUCGCCGCCCGACCGCCGGAGCACCGGACCGCCGCCGGGCCGGGGGGGCACUCUGGCUCCAUCUUCCUCGUCUUUGUUCGGGUUUGAUUGAAACGUGUCGUGUUUGUGGUUAAAGUGUGUAGCCCACCGCCCCCGGCCCAGCGGCCCCCCCCAAACCCCGCACCAACCCUUCUCCAUCGUUGCAAUAUUUAAUGACGUAAGGAUUGUCUGCAGAGAUGUUUAAGCACAUACAAAAACAAGAUGUUUAAUUUGACUUCAAAGUUCCCUUCCUGCUUUGUGCCUCAGAGUAAAAGUAAAAGUAAAAGUGUGAUUUAAUGGCUUCUUUUGCUGUGUUCAGUGGAGAGGUUUGUUGAUGUCAAAAAGUGUUAAUAAAAUGCUCUAUAUAUCCUUUUGUAAAAAAGGG